GCCCUCCUUGUCCUGUUGCAUUUUGAAAAGUACUGGUGACGGUUCAUGGACUGUGGAGGUACGCAGGCCAAAACAGAAAUGCUCGUCAGACAUAAUGGGAGGAUUUUCAUGGCUCUCUGUAUAAUCCUCUUUACAGGAUGCACAAUACAAGGGGCUCCUGUCCAAAGAGGCCGAUAUAUGAGAGUGAGGUGCAGACCUAAUGACCGCUUUGCAAAUUGCGUUGAAGAACAAGGACCGGUUUUUGACAUUCCUGAUGGAAAUGCUAACAUGAUCCUCCCUCCGAAAGCUGAUCCAGCACUAAUGAAGAAAUUUCAAGACCAUCCUGAUACUUUUACGCUUUCUGGAGAUGAAUACGGAUCAGGAAAUGAAGUAGAUCCAGAGUUUGGGUCAGGCACUGACUAUGAGAUGGAUGAUCCCAGUAUUCCUGAGUUUAAAAUGAACCAACCAGAUCAGAAACUGAAACUUAAAUUAACAAAGGAAGGUUUAUUCCUGCACGAAAACAGACUGUGAUAUCUGCUCUGGCUACUGUGAUCUUAUUUCUUAAAUGCCUUUUGUGUUUUAUGACUGAAUAUAAUUACACCAAGAUAAAAAUAUUGUAUGAACUAUAAAACCAGCAAAUAAAUGCCUUUAAAUGUUUAGCACUUUUCUUUGGUAUAAACUGUAAUGUAUACAAGCUUUUCCUCUUCAGAGAUGUAGACCAGCAUUUCAAAAUCUGUGAUCCCUUUUUACAGUUGUGGGUAAAAACAGCAUGAAAUAAUCAGACAUAUAUAUUCAGGUGCAAGUUAGAUGAAGGGAAAAAAGACAACUAAAUAUAAAAUAAAAUGCAGUGAUGCUAGAAUCAGAAAUCAGUAAGAGGAGUCCCAUGUCAUUCUGGAGAUUUUGGGGUAUACUUUUCAUGUACCCAGGGAGCUGGUCACAACAGCAACACAAGAAACAGGAGCUGUGCACUAUUGCCAUUGAUGGCUACCCCUUGAUUUAUGCCACUCAAGGAAGCUUACAUAACAUUAUAUAACAAUUUUCAAAAUAGGAAGCUUUUGAGGUACCUUCAUUAAUAAAAAAGCAAAAGGGUUGGUUUUGUAAUGCACAAAAUAAUAAUGUUGUACUACUCUGGAAUGGGUUGUUUGUUGUCUGACAAACAGCACUAUUCUAAAUGCCUAAAUCUCUCAUGCUAUUUCUGAUUAUAAUAUAACUUGGACUUAUGCUUGCAAAUCUGUUCAUCUUGUAUUUUGUUUUUACUGUAUGGUGCUAGAAGCAUUUCACCCUGAUACUUGCAUUUACAUAACUAUAAUUCUAUUAAAACUGAGGUGCAUCUAAAAA